AAAGUUUUCAUUCGGUGCCAGAACUCGAGUCUCACGUCUUUGGCUUUCUUUCUCUCGCUUUUCCUCUCCGAACCAAUCCAAUCCAAUAUUUGUAUUUACGCAAGUGCUUUUCCUUCGCGUCGCGAGUUUUCCUCGUUUGUUUACCUCUGAUUAUCGCUGUGUGUGUACUUGGAUCUUAUAUGAAUGCGUAUGUGUGUGUUAGCCGGUGUCUAAAGUUUCAGUUUUUAUUUUUUAGAGACUGUAAUAAUGCAAUUGCCAAAUUAAAAGCGACACAUUUUUUUCUGCGACAUUGCUAAUUUGCUGAACAGAUUGCAAAUUACAAAUGUUGUUAAAUUUACCCAAGAUAUUUGCUAUUUACAAAAUAAAGGAGAUACCUACAUAAAUCUAACUGUCUCCAAAAAGGUUGGCGAGUGGAGACUGCGCGCUCACCGCGAAUGCCGCUCUCCCCAGAGAGAGCGGGUGGCAGAGCGAUUUGGAGAGCACGAUUUCGUGGCGCCGCGACUUCAGUUUGGAUUCGUCACUCGGUCGGUUCGGUUCGCUUUUCGCAUUCAAUCGCUCGCCAGCGGGAGUGAGUACUCACUGAGUACUGAACGAGUACUGAGUACUACUGAGUGAGUUAGUGCGCAGGCGUCGCGUUGUUCGAGAUGCUGGGAUAAUAAUGUUGAUGUGAAAAGUUCAUUCCCCAAAAAGCCACAAAAGUCCGGUCUGAAUAGUGUGCAAAAAAUAAAAUGUAGCCAGGUCGAAAGCAAAACAAAAAGAAAAAAGAGAUAAAACUCUGCAAAUACGGGUUUUGUUCUUAUCGCGCUCCUCUCGGUUUUGUAUUUUUUGUAGUUCUUGCUGCCCCAAGUGCUUGACCAUUAAAAGAACCUUUUACGUACACACACAUACACACAGUGCCAGAUCCUUAAGCCUCAACUUGGCGUUAUUUUUAGACGGUUAACAAAAAAUCUGGGAAAGCCAGGCAACUAAGAAACCAACUGAGAAACCCGCCAGCAAAAAGGCAACAGAAAUGGGCACCAAGUCACCCGGUGGUCCACAGCGCUGCCGUCUGAUCUUGCAGCGCUGCCUGGCCAUUCAGCUGACCAAGCCCGGCCACACGCCCGAGGACUUUUGGAUGUACGACUCGGGAUAUAUGAUAUUUCAGAACUUUCUGGCUGCCAACGCGCAGUGCUGGUGGAAUGGACCUUUGACUGCUGCCACGAGGGCGCUGAAAUACGCAGGACAUGUGGCACCCGGAAUGCUGCUGGUUACGGCUGAACCCUGUGCCCUGGAGGUCCUGCGAGGAGCCUUCGCCCGGAGUGUCCUGAAACCGCCAGCCACAUAUGUGAUCAGCUCAGUGGGUGACAUUGACGAUUGCAUAGUGACGCCAACGGUUCAAGGACAGUUCACGCCGCUUCCAGAGGCGCUCUGCGAUGUGAUCAUGGACCUCACCGCCGAGGGUCAGUCGGCCACCAUCGAGCAUGUGCGGGGCAAGCUGGGCGCCCGCUUCCCCCACAUGACCACGCCCGCCACCGAGGUCAUCUACGACUCCCUCGCCCAGCUGAUGCAGGAGCAGAAGAUCUACCAGACCUCCAAGGGAUACUUUAUCUUCACACCAGAACGCAGACGGAGUCGAUCGAGGCCGCGCAGCAAUCAUCACCAGCUGAACGGGAGCCUGGCCUACAGUCAUCUGGCGGAGGAGGAGCAGCAGCACGGGGAUGAUGUGGUCCCCCAGGAGGCUCGCACCAUGCUCAUGUCCAAUUCCGAGGCCUUGCACUCACUCUACGGCGAAAUCUCAACGGAGCGGGACGGCGACCUCACCCAUCAGUGCAUCCAAACGAAUCUGGCGGAUGUGAUCUGCGGCGGCAAUCCCAAUGACAAGAUCAUCUAUCCAAGGGCGGCGAAGCGACGCAGUGCCUCGUUUCCGACGCCGCGCAGCUUGGAACGGCGGCACAGUUUGCGGCUCUUUGGCUCGUCGAAGCGCCUGCAACGCUGCGCCUCCACACGAAGUCUGUCCAAGACCUACGCCCAAACGCUCAACACCACGGACAGCAGCAGUUCGGAAUACCAAAGCACAGAUUCGUCAUCACCCAAAAAAGGAUCUUUGCUCUCACGCCUGUUCCGACGCAGCGGUCGAGCCAAGCAGCGACAGAUUGAAACCUAUUCGGCCCAAUUCCCUCCAGCCGAGUGGUUCAACACCAGAGCCGUUCACCUGCACAGCGUGGGCACCCAGACGGCCGAGCACGACAUGCCAGUGGCCCACACGCUGUCCAACUCGACGUUCUACGACGGCUCGGAGCUGAGCCAGCGCUCCUCAACGUUGCCCCGUCGCCAUCGGCGCCACAUGUCGAGCGAGUCGACGUUUCUGAUUUCCUCCAGGGACUGCUCGCCCAUUCGCCGCCGAUCGCCGGUGUACUGCAGCAGUUCGCUACCUCGUUCCACGCAGUCGAUACCGGCCACCACGGCCAAGACGAAUCACUCGUCCCGCUUGAGUCAUGGCCACGGUGGAUCGGUGACGCCCACGCCGCCAAAGACGGCCCAAAAGUCGGUGAUCGGGAAGCACAUCUUUGAGAGCUCGCCAUCACGAUCCGCCACGCUAAAAGCGACGGCGGCCAAGCGCCACACGGACGGUCUGAUCAUCAACAGCUGCCUGGACAAUAAGGCCACGUACCGGAGCCUGCAGAGCAGUGGUCCCUCGAGCCUGGAGUCCUGCAAGACCUCGAUGCUCGCCAGUGGUCCAUCAAGCAUCGACAGCGGCAAGGUGUCCUUCAGCCAGAAGACCAGUGGCCACUCUAGUCUGGACUCGCAGUGCUCCACCAAUACGGCAGUGAUAGCACCAACGUCAAUCAGUAAUGGCGGGAGUUCUCGUUCAAUACUUCUGCUGAAUGGUUCUCCACGGGGGACACCACGUCAUCAGGCCAUGAGGGCACGAGUAGCAGAGGCACAGGCGCAAAGGCAAAGGGCCAGCACACCAAGUCGCAUCCUGGAGGAGAUGAUCUAUCCCGCAGGCAGCAGCAAUGGUGUGCCCACCUCCAGUAGCAACAAUUCCAUCACCCUGCAAGUGACCACCUCGAAUGGGAACCAAAGCAUCCCCAGCACCAAGAUCUUUGUGCAGAACUCACCAGUUAGGAGUGUGAUUACUUUGGAAAAUGGCAAAAUGCUGGAGAACUCUAAUGUGUUCAUCAUCAAUAAUGAGACGAUGACUAACGAGAAGGGCGAGAUAAUUAAGAAAACCUUGUCCAAGCAGACUUCGGCUGCUCCAGUGGCCACUUCGACGCCAGUUAAGCCGGAGACCGUUUCCGAGCAGCCACUGAGCGAAACGGAGGCCAAUUCCGAGACCUGCGACUCCAUCUCUUUCAUCAGUGAGAGUUCCCCGGAGAACACGUGUGCCGUGGAACCGGAGACUCCCAUUUACGAUGGAGGGAAGUACGCCAAGAACACGAAUAACGAUGCCACCAUGAAUAACAGCCGGAAACUGUGCCUCCAAUUGGCCAAUGGUAUUGCGUAUAAGAACAAUGUGCUGAAGAAUGAAUCCCAGCCGAAUUCGCCCAGUGCAGAUGCACCUUUGAAGUUGGCGGCGCUGGCCAAGCAGGAUUUUGAGAUUGCCGGCUCGGUGGGCAACCUGCACUUUUACGAGAAGAAUUCCAAGGAUGUGGGUGCCUCACAGAGCAAUAAUAUGAUGAUGAACAGUAGUACCGACCUCAAGAACCUGUGCUACGAGUCCGUGUGUCAGCUGCAAAAGUGCUCCAUGAAUGGCGAUGAACUGGCGCUGGCUCAUCUGCUCCACAAGUCCAGUAAUCCCUUGGGCAGUGAACCCAAUUUGGCACUAAAAGAUCUGGCCAACGAUAAAUCUUUUGAUAAGGAGGCCAUUGAUAGGCGUCUUAGUUUGACCAAGGAAUCGUUGGAGCAAGGAAUGGGCAACGUGUUGGCCAAUGGCGGCGAGGAGCUGUACAAUUUUCCCAGUCUGACCGACUUGUCAUUUAACUUUACAUCCCUGGCGGCGAGAAAGAUCCUACAGGGUGUGAGCCUCAACAGCAUUGAUACCCUGGUGGAACUCAAUAUGGCAGCAGCGGCGGCGGCGGCAGCGGCAGCAAACAAUGCGCAGGAAAAGCAGCAGAACAACCAGCCGGCGGCGGCGGGACCAACUGCCUCCGUUUGCACCGACUUUGGCAUGGUCUAAAAGGGCAUCGCCUCCGACCCGACAGAGAUCAGCACUGUGGGUACUUCGGAGACGACAGCCUCUUAGUUUAAUCAAACGACAAAAUCUUAGGGUCUAGAUAGGAGUUAUCUACUCUCCGCAUUUGGCAAGCAAUCUUGUGUAAUUUAUUACGAUUUGUUUUCCCCAUUCGAUAGCAGCAAUUUGUAUGUAUUUGUUUUAGGGUUUUAUCGGAAGCAAACUUUUAUUUACAGUGCCAAAAUACGUUUAGAUUAAUUUUAAUACUUAUUAUUUCAUAUGCCAGUUCGUAUUUUGCUUAUCUACCACAGACACACCGCCAAGCGGCUUCUGGCUAAGCAAUCCGAUUUAUGUAAAAAUCCACAAAAAAUACUAUGUGUUAUCCUUACUUUUGUGUACAUUAUUCAAAGUAAUUGUUUAUACUAACAACGCCCAAAUGCAAUCCUAUCUAUACACGAACCGUAACAGAACAGAGAUGUACUACGAACCUAGAAUUUAGCACUUAAAAACAAAAAUACAAUAAUUUUGUACAAGGCCUUAAUUAGUAAAGUCAGCAAUAAUACAAAAUAAGUUGAAUCACCAAUAAAAACGAUAUAAACGAAAA